AUGGUGCUUCCUACCGUGCGGCUGCAGGACAUUGUGCUCCAUGAAACUCUGGAAGACUUCUACACGCAGCACAGGCAAACGAACAUGAGCAACAUCAAUGCUAUCGUGACCAAGUAUCGCGGCCACAUGGUUCCACAUCUUUGGGCGCAGCUGUCGUUGAAGUACAACCUGGCUCCUUUGGAAGGUCUGGAGCUGCUCGGCCGCAGUCUCUACCUGAGCGCGCCCUUCGAGUACCGCGAGCAGGAGCGACAGACCGAACUCGAGGACACGCUGGCAGAGGCGCAACACGAGGGCGUUGGGGCAGCGAAU